AUGUGGCCAGGUGCAUCGCCAGCAUGGCGUAAACGCCAACAAGCCACCAAACCACGUUUUGGCAUCAACAUCAAGCUUCCCAAAUCCAGUCUCAACGCGUCUGGGCCUUCCUUGAUUUCUACCGGGUCCACCUUCAGUACGGAGGAUCCACUCUUGAUCAGUAGGAGACAGUUAGACGGUGGAUACGAUGAAGCGGGCAAUGAGGGUGUUGAUGGGGCGGCAACCUACAACGACGGCCUGUGGACUCCGCCUGCUGUAACUUCGAUGGUCAGCCCCACACCUCCGGCGAUUACCCCUACGAUCUCUCUAGCCACUGCCUCGGAUAUGAAUAACUCGGACUUAAUGACGACGACAACAGUACCAGCUUCGACACUGACCGACUCUGUAUCUAUUAGAACUAUGGCUGCAUCGAGGACAGCUCCGCGCCCCUCUUCUACUUCUACCUCGUCUUUGUCUGUCUCCUCGUCUUCCACUUCGUCUUCAAGCGGGGCACCAUCUCCUACCGAUAGACCACAUGACGAAAAAGGGGGCGGAGGGUUUAAGCUCAUUUAUCUCACGCCCAUCCUUGUCUUUGUCGGUCUGUUUCUCGUCUUCUCUGUCGUUGGUCGCAUGUGGGGCCGAUAUCACCACGCAUCCCGCGUCGAAGCGGCUCGACGCGCCAAGUACGACAAGCGCGCUUCACGUCAAGCCAAAAAACGCGAGAUGCAGCGCAUCAAGACCAUGUGGGGCUACGAUCAGACUCCGAUUCUUCCUCCUGAGCUCGAGCCUGGCGAGCACGACCUGCACUACAAAGAUCCUAAUGGAGCAAUUUCAACCAAGAAACACGUGAAAAGGUCAGAAGGCGAUGUAGACAGCUCCUUUGGCAGCGACUCGGAGAGCGGCGAAAGCGGCAAGAGCUCCGAAGUUGACGAAAGAUACCCCGGUACGUUCAAGAUCCUGUCUUUGGCCCUCCUUGGUGAGGGAAGCAAAUCCGCACCGCCCGAGACAAGGGGUGCAGGAGGUAGAAAUUAUGAGACGGGGGUACAAAGCAAUGGCUGGCUCGCAGUCAAGAUUCGCAGAUGGGUUGGGGGCGAUGAGAAGAAUUUGAUUGAAGAUGACAUGCGAUAUACAACUGGCCCCAGUAAGACAGGAACGAGACGAAUGAGACACACUCUCAGCCGCGAUCGAUUGCGUGGCUCCUCUGCGACCAAAGCAAGCAGCAAAUUCGACGAAAAGGCACUUCAUUCGCCAACCAGCACCCUGUCGGUUGGUAGCGAAGAAAUGAAGCAUAAGGCAGAAUUCUCAGCCGUCGAACAAGCGAACGGAUACUCUCACAUUGGCUCUAAAGAAUACCAGAACCAGUUGGAUGACCCCUUCCUUACCUCCAAUGGCAAUUCAGCUCUCGGAUGGAGAAAACCUCUGCCACCGCAUCCGAAAGAUUCCCCUUUCCGACCUACAAUUCUCAAUUUCGGUCUUCGCUCUCGCUCCAAGCAGUACGACGCUAUCGAGCCCAGGGAAGAAUUCGAUACGCCUGUCAAGCGCGCUCCAAUGCCGAACGAGUACAUUCACGACUCGUCUGCGGGAUUUCUGCCAAAGACGUUCGGAUUGGGCAUUUCGGGUGUCUGGAAGACCAUUACUGGCCUAGCCAACCCAUCUGCUGGUGGAGCGCGUUUACCAACAGAAGACGACGAGGAGAGCUUUGUCGGCCGUCCCUACCGCGCGCACUCGGAUGCGGUCAUGAGUGAGAGCGACACACCCUAUUCGAUUCGCGAUGCCUCAGGGUACCCGUCUCAUGGUUGCUACGGUGAUAUGGGUACGCCGACCAAAUCCCGCCAACUCGAACGAGCAGGUACCGUGCUGAAUGUCAAGUCUACCAAUCAACCUUGGAACAAGCAGCCGUACGAGCGAGCUGGUACGCCUCCGUCGGCCGGAAGAAAGAUGACGGGUGCCGCGUGGCACGAAGCGCUACUCGCCAGUCCCGUCAACAAACAGCAGCAGCAUGUUUUCCAGCCACUCGUUCAGCCUCAGCCUUCUUCUCCGCGGCCUGAAAGAAACCUCAACAUGGGACCGCGCAAAUCACUCCUCUUGCAUCAAGCUGUUACCUCAGCAGCUGCUGCUGCGGAUGUUAAUCUGACCUUUGCUACCUCGCCCGCACCAUCAUCUACAGGAUACAGCGACUUGGUGGCCUGCUACUCGACACCAAGCGACGCAAUCAUGUCCCCUGUUGAAUCGUCGAUACGUGUCUUGUCGCCGCCUCCAGCAGCUCGUUCCGGUAAUACGGCGUUGUCGGAUGGCAGUGUUGGAGCAAGGCAAAAGCUGCAGCGUGCCAAGACAGCCAAGUACGAGCACGACGAGCGUGGGCAGAGCAGCUCGGAUCGAAUGCUGGACGGUGAUGCGGCCAUGGCGGGCAAGCUAGUUCAGAGGAGCAAGACAGCCUCCACGAAUGCUUCUGCAGCUCGUAGUGAAAUACGACUGGGUCGGAAAGGAACAGCGCACCACAGCGAACGUAAAGGCGCAAGCAAAGUGUUGAACGACGAUGCGGUUGAGUCCGAAGGCUUAGAGCAAGCUUGUUCGGCAUUGAACGCGUCUCCAUUCACGCAACCACUGCGAGUGGCGAAACAGCCUGCGCUCAUCACUUCGCCUGUUUCGUGCUACUCGUCUGCCUCGUCUCCGGGCAGAGGUUUGGUCUCGAUACCUACGCGUGCGUCAUCUGCUUCACCAACAAAGCCUUCGACAGCUAUCUUUCCCAGCAAUCGUUCUGGCUCAACACUCCCGUCGGCUCUCAAAAUUGCCUCACCUGAACCGCUCACAUCGCACCUUGCUCAACAUCCAGCUCUCUCCCUUCCACUGUUGAGCCAUCCACACUAUCAACCGCAAUCGUGCACUUCACCACCGAAACGGGUCAAAGCCGUCUCAAACCGCUCCAACGCCUCGGCAGACGACGAGGAUGAGAAUGACGAAACGACUGCCGGCAACCACAUAGCUGCCGCGGCGCGUUCUGCGGCACACAAAGCACACAACCGCAUCACGGCACUUCAAGCCGUAGAUGAGAUCGUCUACCAAGGUUAUGCUCAACAUCGUUAA